CAGUCCUGACCUGUUUUAUGUUGUUUUUAUGUGUUUAUGGUCAGGGCAUGUGUUUUGGGUGGGCAGUCUAUGUUAUUCGUUUCUAUGUUGGUUUUGGUUUGCCUGGUAUGGCUCUUGAUUAGAGGCAGGUGGUUUGCAUUUUCCUCUAAUCAAGAGUCAUAUUUAGGUAGGGCAUUCACACUGUUUGUUUGUGGGUGGUUGUCUCCUGUGUCUGUGUGAUGUUACGCCACAUGGGACUGUAGCGUUUGUUUGUAGUCGUGUACCUGUUCGUGCGUUCUUCAAGUUAUAUGUAAGUUCGUGUCCAGGUCUGUUUUCAUCGUUUAUUUGUUUUGUAGUUUAUUCAAGUAUAGUUCGUUUUCUGUCUACGUCGUCUUUGUCUAUUUUGUUUAUUUAAUAAAUCAUUAUGUGUUCAAACUUCGCUGCGCCUUGGUUCCCUCAAUACUCCUCCUUCUCCGAAAAUGGAGAGGAGGAGGAAAAUCGUUACAGAACCACCCACCUCUCCAGAGCCAAGCAGCGGAGUCAAAGGAGAAAGGGACAGGAAAAGAAGGAGCAAUGGACAUGGGACGAUGUUCUGGAUGGAAAGGGUGUCUACACAUGGGAGGAGAUCCUAGCUGGUAGAGAUCGCCUCCCAUGGGAACAGCUGGAGGCACUGAGGAGAGCGGAGGCUACCGGAGAGAGGAACCGGAGCUAUGAGGGAACGCGUCUGGCACGGAAGCCGAAAAAGCCCGUGAGUAACUCCCAAAAAUUUCUUGGGGGGGGGCUAAAGGGUAGUGGGCCAAGGGCAGGUAGGAGACCUGCGCCCACUUCCCAGGCUUACCGUGGAGAGCGGGAGUACGGGCAGGCGCCGUGUUACGCAGUAGAGCGCACGGUGUCUCCUGUACGAGUGCAUAGCCCAGUGCGGGUUAUUCCACCUCCCCGCACUGGGAGGGCUAGAUUGGGCAUUGAGCCAGGUGUCAUGAGGCCGGCUCAACGCGUCUGGUCUCCAGUGCGUCUCCUCGGGCCGGCAUACAUGGCACCUGCCUUACGCAUGGUUUCCCCGGUUCGCCUACAUAGGCCGGUGCGGGUUAUUCCACCUCCCCGCACUGGUCGGGCAACCGGGAGUAUUCAACCAGGUAAGGUUGGGCAAGCUCAAUGCUCAAGAGUGCCAGUACGCCUCCACGGUCCGGUAUUUCCGGCACCACCUCCCCGCCCCAGCCUAGUACCUACAGUGUCUACACUAUGCACUAGGCUACCAGUGCGUAUCCUGAGCCCUGUUCCUCCUCCACGCACUCUCCCUGUGGUGCGUGUAUUUAGCCCGGUGCCUCCAGUUCCGGCCCCACGCACUAAGCUACCAGUGCGUCUCCAGAGCCCUGUACACACUGUAUAUUCUCCCCCUACUAAUCCUGAUGUGCUUGUCCUCAGCCCGGCGUCACCAGUGCCGGUACCACGCAUCAGGGAUAGAGUAGGCUCUGAGAAUACAGUGUGCCCUGUCCCUGCUCCCCGCACUAGUAGGAAGGUGCUUGUCAGUAGCACGGUGCCUCCAGUUCCGGCACCACGCACCAGGUCUACAGUGCGCCAUAUCCGGCCAGAGCCAUCCGUCUCCCCAGCGCCAUCUGAGCCAUCCGUCUCCCCAGCGCCAUCUGAGCCAUCCGUCUCUCCAGCGCCAUCUGAGCCAUCCGUCUCCCCAGCGCCAUCUGAGCCAUCCGUCUGCCAGGAGCCUGCAAAGCCGCCCGUCUGCCAUGAGCCUGCAAAGCCGCCCGUCUGCCAUGUGCCUACAGAGCCGUCAGCCAGACAGGAGCCGCUAGAGCCAUCAGCCAGACAGGAGCCGCUAGAGCCGUCAGACAGACAGGAUCUGCCAGAGCCGCCAACCAGACAGGAUCUGCCAGAGCCGCCAACCAGACAGGAUCUGCCAGAGCCGCCAACCAGACAGGAUCUGCCAGAGCCGCCAACCAGACAGGAUCUGCCAGAGCCGCCAGCGAGCCAUGAGCAGCCAGAGCCGCCAGCGAGCCAUGAGCAGCCAGAGCCGUCAGUGAGCCAUGAGCAGCCAGAGCCGUCAGUGAGCCAUGAGCAGCCAGAGCCGUCAGAGCGCCAUGAGCGUCGAGAGCCGUCAGCCUGCCAUGAGCGUCGAGAGCCGUCAGUCUGCCAUGAGCGUCGAGAGCCGUCAGCCAGCAUGGACCUGCCAGAGCCGUCCAAACAGGACCUGCCAGAGUCCUUCAGCCGGGAUCUGCCCCUUGUCCCGGUGUUGCCCCUUGUCCCGGUGCUGCCCCUUGUCCCGGUGCUGCCCCUUGUCCCGGUGCUGCCCCUUGUCCCGGUGCUGCCCCUUGUCCCGGUGCUGCCCCUUGUCCCGGUGCUGCCCCUUGUCCCGGUGCUGCCCCUUGUCCCGGUGCUGCCCCUUGUCCCGGUGCUGCCCCUUGUCCCGGUGCUGCCCCUUAUUCCAGUGAUGGUCCUUAUCCUGGUGCUGCCCCUUGUUCUGGUGCUGCCCCUUGUCCCGGUGCUACCCCUUGUCCCGGUGCUGCCCUUUGUCCCGGUGCUAGCUGUUUAUUUAGGGGAAGCUAAUGUUUGGGUGGUCAUUAGAAGGGGUAGACAGAGGAGGGGAGUGACUAAGGUGGUAAGGGGACAGCGUCCUGAGCCGGAACCACCACCGUGGUCAACUGCCCACCCGGACCCUCCCCUGGACUUUGUGCUUGUGCGCCCGGCGUGCGCAUCUUGAGGGGGGGGUACUGUAACAGUCCUGACCUGUUUUAUGUUGUUUUUUAUGUGUUUAUGGUCAGGGCAUGUGUUUUGGGUGGGCAGUCUAUGUUAUCUGUUUCUAUGUGGGUUUCGGUUUGCCUGGUAUGGCUCUUGAUUAGAGGCAGGUGGUUUGCAUUUUCCUCUAAUCAAGAGUCAUAUUUAGGUAGGGCAUUAUCACUGUGUGUUUGUGGGUGGUUGUCUCCUGUGUCUGUGUGAUGUUACGCCACAUGGGACUGUAGCGUUUGUUUGUAGUCGUGUACCUGUUCGUGCGUUCUUCAAGUUUUAUGUAAG